UUCUGCCUUGUUCGUUUACAAGCAGUACUAGCCAAGCCGCAAAGGCAAGCAACUUUGAAAAUGGCGGACGUCGACGAGGGUUCACCUUCCGCCGACGCCAAAACCCUAGUUUCCUUCUACUCCGGUUACCUCAGGAACCGCGCUCUCGCUUUCAUUUCCUCUCUGGAUUCCAAUUUUCUCGGGAAAAUCUCCAACCUCUGCCACCAAGCCGCUCCCGCCAGAUCAAGGAGACGGAGGCGGCCACGCCUUCCUCUUCCCUUGCCUUCCAACGAAUCGUCUUUAGAGAAAAUAGAGGCAUCUAGAGUUAUUGACGUUUUGGAGGAUAUCUUGGAACAAAUCUAUUCAGAUUUACAUAGCGUUCAGAAGAACUUGCAGUUUUGGCAGUCUAGAGCUGAGGGAACAAAUGCUCAAAAGGUGUAUUUCAUGUUGUUUGAGAGAGGGCCACGGGCUUUCUUUGAUGGAACAAUUCAAUUCAUACGUGAAUUUGUUACUGAAGGUUCUUGCGCACAUCAUUUAAUACUUUCAACAUCUGCUCACAUAUCUGAAAGGAUAGCUAUUUUGAGUAACUUACGAUGUUCUCUUGCCGCAUUUUUGGCUGAGGUUUAUGCUGAAGUUGAUCGAUUGGGGGAGGAGUUAAUGAAUGAUCCAAACAAUGCGUUGUGUUCAUUAUUGGUUGCAGUUAAUGCCUCAUUUUCCAAGUUAGAGGUUUCAAUUGCCAAUUUGUAUACAAUGGACGAGAUCGAUUCAUCGAUUAAUGCAAGUCCACUAACGUUUGAGAAACUGCCAGAAGUAAAUCAAGAUGGAUCUCAAUGGGCGGAUUGUGAAAUGAAUAACGUCAUAGACGUGGUUUAUCAAAAUCUUAACAAAUUGGAGUCUUACAUAUCUAUUCUUGUCGUCAAACAUCGGAAACCAAGAAAAGUAACCCGAUACUGGAUUCAUUACACAUGUGGUGCUGUGGGUCUCUCAGUUUGUUCUAUGUGGCUCCUGAAACAUAGUAGCCUGAUGGGAAGUCCUGACAUUAACAAUUGGAUUCAUGAAGCAAGGGACUCUACAGUCAGCUUUCUUAGGGACCACGUAGAGCAACCGCUUCUGUCCAUUAGAGAUGAACUCUUCGAGACAUUCAGAAAGAGACACAAAGGAAUGAUGGAUCUUGAAGAAGUGCAGUUAACUUCUAACUCUUUACACAGGAUGUUAUUGGCUUUUACUGAGCAGAUGAAGGGUCAAAAGUUGCCAGAGAAUGCAUCAGAUCAGAAAAUGCUUGAAGUAGUUAUGUCCAGAUAUGAAAAGGAACUUAUGCAUCCCAUUCAGAACCUUCUUGGUGGAGAACUUGCCCGUGCUUUGCUCAUCCAGGUUCAGAAGCUAAAGCUGGACAUUGAGACGGCAAUGCUUGAACUCAACCAGAUUCUCAGGGCGAAUGAGAUAAACUUUGCUAUUUUAGCUGCGUUACCCGCAUUUUUUCUGUCCUUUGGUCUGCUUAUGUUAGUGCGUGCAUGGUUUAAGCAGGAUACUAGAGCGGAAGGAAGGGGAAGAAUUUCUCGCAUCCAGAGAAGGUUACUUGUUGUGGAGGUUGAGAAAAGGAUCAUGCUGUAUCAAACUUUUCUUGACAAAGGGCUGGAAAAUGAUGCGCAGUGCAUGUGUGGUUUGCUGUUGUAUAGUCUCGAUCGUCUAUACGGUGCUGUGGAGAGGCAUGCAAAAGCAACUGGGGAAUGGCAAUGCCUAAAGGAGGACAUUCUUGAGUUGGCAAAGCCUGGCCUUGAGACUGGGUAUAAGCUCACUGUGACAUUGCGCAUGGGAAGGAUGUACGAGUGCUUGCUUCCGUCACUGAAGCGUCAAUAGCAUUUAUCAUUCGAUUUUCACUUGUUCACCACCUCUCGGCUCUCGGAGUUCCAGGGUUACAAUUUUGUAG